AUGUCGGACUCGAACGAUGAUAUCAAGGAGACCCCUGGCUACACCAAUGACGCACCUAACAUCGAGACUGAGAAAGCAGAGGUUGAAGAUCACGAUGAAGUCUUUAAAAGAGGUGAAGGCCAAAUCGACUUUCGUACUGUGAGCUGGAUUCGGGCAGGGAUUAUCUUUUUGAAGAUCAUCUUUGCUACCGGGGUACUCUCUAUUCCAUCCUUGAUGUACGAGCUUGGGGCCUUUCCCGGCGCUGUCAACGUCAUUGGAUGGACUCUCCUAAAUACCUACUGCGCCAUUGUGCAGGGCAAUUUUCGCAACCGCUACCCCGGUUGCCACUCCAUCGCGGAUAUGGCCCAGGUAGUCGGAGGCCCGAUAAUCAAAGAGCUAGUCGGAUUUCUUUUUACAGUCAGCUACAUCAUUGUGGCUGCAUCAGGCAUUAUCGGCGUGUCAACUGCUCUCAAUGCACUCUCCUUACAUUCUAUCUGUACUGUCUGGUUCAGUUUCAUCGCGACCGUCAUUAUUGCUGGAUGUGCGAGUGUGCGUAAAUUUUCGCACAUCGGCUGGCUGACCUGGGUUGGUUUUGCCAGUGUUUACAUUGCUGUGUUCAUUAUUGUAAUUGGUGUGACAACCCGAGAUCGCCCUGCAGCUGCACCACAGACAGGUGAUUAUGAUUUUGGAUACCGAGUCAUCGGCAACCCCAGCUUUACGACUGGCAUCACUGCUGCAGCAACGAUCUUCGUGUCAAGCGCCGCAACUUCGGCAUUCUUACCCGUUAUCUCAGAGAUGCGCAAACCCAAGGACUACCCGAAAGCCGUCUAUUUCAGCAUGACCCUAGUAACUGCAUCUUACCUGACAUUCAGCCUGGUUAUCUAUGCAUGGUGCGGGAAAUGGAUCGCAUCACCUUCACUUGGCAGCGCUGGGACGACCGUCAAACGCGUCGCGUAUGGAAUUGCAUUGCCGGGACUAAUCAUCAGUGGCUGUCUCUACGUACACGUCGCGGCCAAGUAUCUCUUCGUCCGAAUCCUGCGCAAUUCUCGUCACCUGCAGGCAAACACAGUGGUCCACUGGGGUACCUGGCUUAGCUGUACCAUUGGCAUGGCAGCAAUCUCGUUUAUCCUGGCUUGCGCAAUUCCUAUCUUCAAUUACGUUUUGGCCUUGGUCGGCGCAUUGUGUUUUGCGCCGCUGGCCAUCAGUCUUCCGGGAUGGCUCUGGCUGUAUAGUCAUGGGGAAUACCUGAAGGGCAGUGUCCUGCGGAAAGCGAUGUAUGCUGCACACGUCUUGCUUGUUUUGUUAGGAGCUUUUAUGGCUGUAGGGGGGACUUAUGGCGUUAUUGUCCAGAUUAAUCAGGCUUAUGCUGACGGACAGAUCUCGUCGGCAUUUUCGUGUGCUGAUAACAGCGGUUCGACCUAA